AUAUAUAUGUUAUAUCUGUUUUUUUACAUGAAUAUAAGAGGAUCUCAAAUUUUCAUGGUUAUUUGUAAAUACUAAAUAUUGUGAUAAUUUUUUUUUUACUCUUGUAGUACUUGUAAGUUGUAGUGCUUUGUAGUUUUGUACAGUUUAACUGAAGACCACUGAACCAUUGAGUAUUCGGAAUUUCGGAAGUAUUUCAAUGUGUCAUAUAAUACCAUAGUUAUAUUUUAUAUCGGUAUGAAAGAGAAAGCGAUUUUGGUUAAACAAAACCCAAUACUAAAAGUAGUCAUUUUGGGAAAUAGUAAUGUUGGAAAAUCAUGUCUAAUGAACAGGUUUGUAAGUAAUAGUUUUAGUGACCAUACACUUCAUACAUUAGGCGUAGAAUUUCUUCAAAAGGACCUUGACGUCAAUGGAAUCAUGUAUACGUUGCAGAUCUGGGAUACUGCUGGACAAGAAAGAUUUCGUACAUUACGAACACCUUUUUAUAGAGGAACUGACAUUUGUUUGCUAACGUUUGCUGUUGAUGAUGACCAAAGCUUUAAAACUAUAGAUUCGUGGAAAAAAGAAUUCUUACAAUAUUCCAGGACAACUGAUAGGAAUUUUCCGUUUAUUGUUGUUGCUACAAAGGUAGACCUACAAGACCGAGUAGUUUCUAAAGAUGAAGCAGACAAAUGGUGUUCAGAAUAUCUGAGUGCUCCUUAUGUUGAAACUAGUUCUAAAACAGAUAUGAAUAUAGAGACUGCAUUUACUUUAGCUGUUGAAGUUUGGGCUUCAACAGAAAGGCCCUCCGAGUUAAAAAUAUCACAUACAAAUUUAGUUAAAUUAUCUAGACCAAUUAAUGGUAGCGCUGCUUGUCCUACAGCAGAAAUUGUAUCACCUAAGUGUUGUUAAAAUCAUCUGAUGCAAUAACUUAGUGUGUUUUAGUAUACAAUUUUUGUAACAACGAUAUAGCAAUAAAUUAGAAAUAUGUAUUACAUAUCAUUUAUUUUUUAUAAAGUUAAUUUUUGAGGUAAAUCCAAAAUAAAAUGUUAAAACUAUCAAUAUUCAUCCUAUUAUUGUAUGUAAAUUUUAGUGGUAGCAAAUUUGUAUUACUUUGUAUUUACCUUUAAUUAAUUGUAUUAUUGUUAUUUUAUACGAUAGGCUAUGUACUUUAAUUGUAUUAUUAAAUAGUACUUAGAAUUAUUAUAUAUUAAUACUUCUUAUUUAAUUAAUUAACUAUAAUGAUUAAUAAUUGUUGAUUUUUUCAAAAUAUUAUUAUUAAGCAAUCUGUUAAUAUUAAUUUAUAAUGAUUCUAAAUUAGAGAUUAUAAAUAUGAUAUAAAAAAUUCAUUGUAUAAUAAAAAUUUCAAAAUUUCAAAAUCAUAUUGUAUUAGGUACUAUUAAUAAAUUUAAAAAAAAAAACAUUUAUCAUAUAAGACAUUCCACUAAUUUAUUUUUAUAAAAUUUUGACUGAAGAAAAUUUAAAAUUAUAAUAAUAUUAUGAUUAGGAUAGUUUAAGCUGUUUUCCAAAGAUUGAUAUACUUGGCAAGUACAACAAUAACCAAAUAGGAAAGUAGUUUGUGUAUACUGUUUUGUUUGAUAAAUAUAUAAGUAUAUCAGCUGUUCCUUUAACUUGUGUCACAUUUUUGUCAAUCGUCGGUAAGGACACCAGUGACUAAUAAUUAUUAUAAAGUAAUAUUACCACUACUAAAUAUUAGUCAAGUACAUCAGUCACGGGAAUGCAGUUUUAUAUUUAUUUAUUAUUUUAAGUAAAUAAUUAUUAAUGUAUAGUAUUGUAUUUUUUUUAAAUAUUAAGUUUCUCUAUUUUUUAUAUUAUACAAAUAUUUUUUAUAUUUCAAAAAUGUUGUUUAGUUAAUUACUAAUUAUUAAAAAAAAAAAAAAAAACAACAAUAUUUAUAUAUAUUUUUACUUUCACUACCUGAAUACUUACUUAUUAUAUUAAUUUUAAUCGGUGUUUCUGAAUUCCAUGCCAAAAUCAUUAUCAAAGUUGAGUUGCAUGCGUAGUUUUUUCACGACUGAGCCUAGUUGAGUACCAGAUUAAUAGACUGAAUAACUAAGUUAGUUCGGACAUAUUUCAAAAAAUUGAAAAUGCAAUAUAAAUUCAAUAAAAAAUGUAUUAUAUUAGUAUACUACACAUAACAAUACACAUAUUAUAUAAAAACAAAUAUAUUAUUUUGUUCAAAUUAUAAUGAGUUAUAGGAACCUAUUUGUAUAGGUAAGAUAUUUUUUUUUAUAUUUUAAAUAGAUGUUGUUAAAUUAUUUAAACGUUAAUAAUAUAACGAAUAAACGUAUUUUAAAUUUUCAUCAAA